GGGGCUCGUCUGGGGUAGCGUCAAUCGGCGGCAACUGGGUCAUCCCAAUUCAAACGAGCACUCCCCGUAAGACCAAGGGGGAAGCUAAUCAGAAGGCUGGUGCGAGGGUGGUCUCAAGUUCAUCAAAGCUGGGCUCAUACUUUGACUCUGUCUUCCAUUCUUCUCUUGAACUCGGGACUUUAGCCGAAACCUCAGAGUGAUCAAUCACCAUUGGUGUCUCUCAUCCGUAGUGAUGGCUAAGUCCAUGGGUAAAAGGGCCUCCAGAAAAGAGGCUCAAACGCACCAAGAUGUUGGCCCAGCCAUCCGGCUUUCCAACACUGACGAGGCCAGUUCUGCAACACGUCCAGGGAUUAACCGAAUUCUGAGUGACGAAGACGAGGCUACAGUCGCGGAGUGGAUAGUUCGGUGGUUGGAUCAUGGGUUUCCUCUUGAAAACCGGAAGCAAGUGAGUGCUUUUGCGCGAUAUUUCAUGCACAUCGUCAAUCAUCCGAACAAGGACGUUGGUGUGUCCGAUGAAUUUUAUGAGAGCCUGUUCAGACGGAACCGCGCCAUCAAGGACCGUGUUCAUGCGGCACGCGAGGCCUAUAAAAGUGCCAAAUUGAAGAAAGAGGACCGAGAAGCCAAGGAGCAACGACUUUCAAGGUUCCCGGCUUUCCUCAGAGACCUGCAAUGGGGGUUGGAAAUCCCCUCUGCGCACCUCUAUGUGUUUGGCGACACAGGAUUUGUGACUGCAAUUUCCUCGGAGCAUCAGGGAUUGUACAUUGACGCCUCGACUCGUGACGACGAUGAUUACCGGAGAAUGACAUCUGCCAUUAUCUGUGCUAGUCACGACAAUCGAUUCUUAUCGCCUUACCUGAUCUCGAAGACAAGUGCGGUCAAUCAGCAACCAAAUAUGUACAAAAAUGUAUCCACUUCCUUCGCCGCCAAGCCGUGGGCCAAUGCCGAAUUCUUCCUUGACUGGAUUAAGUGUGUCUUCGAGAAGGAGACUAAGCCUGCCAGGGUUAAAGGCCCUAACGGGCAGGCACGACUUCUGCUGGUUGAUGGGAUCCGGUACGGGAUUACUCCCGAGAUCUUCAUGAGCUGCUGGAACAAAGGCAUCUAUUUGGUGUGUAUCCCGCAUAAAGGGUCUUCUUUCUUCAACCCACUAGAGUGCGGAGUGUUCUCCAAGAUGCACAAGGUCUAUGCCGACGAGGCUGCCACCAGAUAUCGCGAAGAGAAAGUGCCUUUCAUUAUAGACCCGAGAGAUGUCACAGAUUUCAUUCUGCGCUUACUGGAUCGGAAUCUGCUGAAAGGUCAACUCAGCAGAGGAUGGACCAAAAGCCAUCUCUAUUCUAGGGAUGAAGACUCAUUAAGCAAGCAUGUCAAAGGAAUUCCUGCGACCCCUGCGCCAGUGACUCCGGUCAAAGCAAGAACCCGAUCAGCUACCCGGAAACAAGUUCAAGGUCAACCCAUGUCUCCACCACAGUCUUCGAAGCAACCCGAAGACGGUCGACGCGCUCGCGGGUCAACAACCGAAUCCUUGAGCACGUCGGAGAGUGAAUACGAGCCACCUGAACCAGGGAGACCAUUGGGGUAUCAUAACCGACUUACACCUGGGAAUAGCCUAACAAGUGGUGCUGGACUUGCUACCUCAGACCUUUCACCACAAUCACUAUUGCGAUCUCAACGAAUCCCACGACCACCGCAGAUGAUUCAGAUCUCUGAGGAUGAGAGCUCUGACCAUGCAGCAUCAAACUCCUUACCUUCAAAUGACGAGGAUUCUGAUGUUGAAGGUUCUGACCACGAGACUUCGACCCGAGAGGAAGCUGCUCCUAUCUUACGCGCAUCUCCACCAUCUCGCCGAGGGCCUGAAUCCGUCUCGCCGUUCUACGGAAUGUCUGGAGCCUUGAUGCAACCGCCCAAUCGGUCCGCAAAUUGCACCCGGCCAUUGCCUUCUUCUGUUGAGAUUCUCAACUGUCGUACCCCUCUGCGGGCAGAUCGUGGUGGCUACAGGCCUCGAGACAAACAAUGCGCCGAAACAGAUGAUAUGGCAGAUAAUACCGACAAUACCUGGACAGGUGCAGGUAUUGAAGAGGCUUAUCGAAUGCAAGUUCGGGCGCUUUCAGACCCCCAAACGCCAGAAUCGCAGAAACGAACCUACGAGCAAAAGCUUCUCGCCUUAGCUCCAAUUCUCUCUGUAUUUGCACCUAGGACUAUCAAUGCUUUACGAGAACUCGUAAAGGCACGCUCGACAAGAUUCUCUGCCCCGUCUACUUCAUCACGGCCUUUGACGCCCCAGACAUUCAAAAGGACCAAAGUCAGGAAGGAGAAGUCUAGCAAGCAACGUCGGCAUCCUAGAAUGAGAAAAGAACCUCGACAAACGGCUACCCACGUUUCUUUUGAGUGACGGUGUAAUAGACGGCAUGGGGAGACUAAAAGUUUGUUUCGUUGUCUAUAGACUCUUUAUUUUUCAACAUUUAUUCUGAGAGUCAUCUACUUUUUCUUUCGUUAUAAAAUUCAGUCUUCAUUCGGUUCCUGUUUUCCUGUACCACUUGCCUUUUUUUGGGACGCCCAGGUCUGUUGAUUGGGCGCUUAGCAUUUCUUAACAUCAGCA